UUUCCGGUUCCGGUGUCAGUUAGAGGCGCCGCCGCUGCAGCCGCCGGAGCCGCGAUGCCUAAAGGAGGGAGAAAGGGAGGCCACAAAGGCCGGGCAAGGCAGUACACGAGCCCCGAGGAGAUCGACGCACAGCUCCAGGCUGAAAAGCAGAAGGCCAGGGAAGAAGAGGAACAAGGAGAAGAAGGUGGAGAUGGGGCUGCAGGUGACCCCAAAAAGGAGAAAAAAUCCCUAGACUCAGAUGAGAGCGAGGAUGAAGAAGAUGAUUACCAGCAAAAGCGCAAAGGUGUAGAAGGGCUCAUUGACAUUGAGAACCCCAACCGGGUGGCACAGACAACCAAAAAGGUCACACAGCUGGACCUGGAUGGGCCCAAGGAACUUUCAAGGAGAGAAAGAGAAGAAAUCGAGAAGCAGAAAGCAAAAGAGCGUUACAUGAAAAUGCAUUUAGCGGGGAAGACGGAGCAAGCCAAGGCUGACCUUGCCCGGCUGGCGAUCAUCCGGAAACAGCGGGAGGAGGCUGCCAGGAAGAAAGAAGAAGAGAGGAAAGAUGGAGGUGGGUGUUCCUGCCCGCCACCUCCCAGGAUGCUAGGAGAGUCCAGCAGCAGCGGAGUCAGAUCAAAAGAUGAUGCAGCUUUGUCAGGAAAACGAAUGCAGUCGCUCUCCCUGAAUAAGUAGCACGGCCUGUGGGAGGAGAUAGCAGGGAACUGGGCCGUGCUGCCAGGACCUCUGCCGUGUCUCACCCACCCUGUGCCCCGGCGCCACUGCAGCAGCCCCUCGCGGCGAGGAGCCCCCCACGGCUCCUCUUCAUCUUGGCACAGAAAUCGUUUGGGGGGAUGGUGGGUGGGGGGAGGGGCAGCUGCUAUCUUUGAGACAGAAAGAUGCAGGACAGCAUUUCAUAUGUAACCAUUUGAAUGUUUUGGCUGUUUUUAGAAUUCAGAACCCUUGUGGGGGGGGUGCCUGGGAGGUGGGGUAAGAAGAGCUUCCGUUUGUCUGGUCGAUUGCGGGGCAGGGGGCGGUUGAGCCGCAGUAGCUGCUGACAAGUUUGUGAUGGACGGCCCCCUGUCUGUGUUGCCCCGGCGCCCAACUGGGGGGCUGUCGCCUGGGAGCCAGGGCCCUGGGUCUCUGAGGGUCAUGGCUCAUCCCCAGCCAGUCCCCUCUGACUGAGGCUUCACUCCUGACCUUCCCACCCUACUCCCUACCCCCGACUGACUCUGGCCAGGGCCCGGGCCCAUUCUUAACCCUGCCCAUGGAUCAUUUCAAGAAACCUGUUUACUGUGUAGCCCCCAGGCAAACAUGCUCCACAAGUCCACCUUGUAUAUUUGGCAAAUUAAACUUGACAUUAUCGUAA